AGGUGUGGAACAUUACUUCAGGCCACCCACCGGAUUCUUUCCUACAGGCAUAAAGGGACCAGUUUCCUCCGCUCUCCACCCAUUUUCCUCCAGCCUGAGCAGAAGGGAACUGAAUCUCCAACAGCACUAUGGCCGCAGACCUCUCCACCUACAGCCUCGUCUCCUCCACCGGUUUUAUGAGGGCCAGCCCUCUGUGGACUGCCUCCAGUGGCAUCCACCUGGACAGCAAGAGGGCCGGCAGCGUCUAUGGUGGAGCUGGAGGCUCUGGGGUUCGUAUCUCCACUGCCAGCAGCAGGAGGGCCGGCAGCGUCUAUGGUGGAGCUGGAGGCUCUGGGGUUCGUAUCUCCACCGCCAGCAGCUUCGCAAGUGGCUUCAACCUGUCCGACGAAGUGGACAUCUCUGCAAAUGAGAAGGUCACCAUGCAGAACCUCAACAACCGUCUGGCCUCCUACCUGGACAAGGUGCGCUCCCUGGAGAAGGCCAAUGCUGAGCUGGAGCUGAAGAUCCACCAGUUCCUGGAGAGCAAGACCUCCCCUAAUGCUCGGGACUACUCUGCAUACUACAGCACCAUCAGUGACCUCCAGGCUAAGAUCCAAAAUGCCAUUACAGUGAAUGAUGGAUUCUAUCUUGAUAUUGAUAACGCCAAGCUGGCAGCUGAUGACUUCAGAGUCAAGUAUGAGAGUGAGCUGGCCAUGAGACAGUCUGUGGAUGCCGACAUUGCUGGGCUGAGGAAGGUUCUGGAUGAGCUGACCUUGGUCAGGUCAGACCUGGAGAUGCAGAUUGAGGGUCUGAGGGAGGAGCUGGUGUGUCUGAAGAAGAACCAUGAGGAGGAGCUCUUGGCAGUGCGCUCAGAGUUGGGUGGUCAGGUUAAUGUGGAAGUGGACGCCGCACCACAGGAAGACCUCUCUACCAUCUUGGCUGGAAUCCGCGAACAUUACGAAGCUGUGGUUGCCAAGAACCGCCAAGACCUGGAGGCCUGGUACCAGACCAAGAUCAAAGCACUGAGCAAAGAAGUCGCCAUCAGCACAGAAACCCUCCAGACGUCCAGAUCAGAGAUAACAGAGGUGAAGCGCACACUGCAGAGUGUAGAGAUCGAGCUGCAGUCUCAGCUCAGCAUGAAAGCGCCUCUCAAGACGACCCUUGCUGAGACCCAAAGUCGCUACGCUAGAAUGCUCGCUGGGUAUCAGGUGCAGGUGACCAGUCUAGAAGAACAGCUGGGGCAGCUCCGUGCUGACCUGGGGCGUCAGGGUCGCGAGUACCAGAUGCUUCUGGAUGUGAAGACCAGACUGGAGCUGGAGAUCGCCGAGUACAGAAGACUGAUGGAUGGAGAGACCAGCAGCACUACCACCACGACCACCACCCGGUCACCUACCCCUAGAAGGUUGUGAUUGCUACAGAAGAAGUGGUGGACGGUAAAGUGGUCAGUUCACCUUGAAACUUCACUAUGUGACACGAAGACCUUGAGUCCUAUGAAAUUGAUCCUAAAUGCUCAUAGAGAUCAAUAAAAUCAAGAAUUUAAACAAUGAA